AUCAUAUCCGAAGCGAGCCACUUACCACCUUAUAACAACAUCACAAGAAGCAUACGCCCUUGCUCUUUCUUGCCUGGAAGAUUCUGCCUUCGCACCUGCCUGAGUGUACUGACGUGUCUUGCACCGAACAACCAUAUUUUCGACAUGAUCAUGAAGCAUGACUACCUGCCCUCACCUCCGUCUAACGAAGAUACAGCAUCAGAGACAGCAACUCACAAGAGAAAGAUAUCCAUCAGCAUCAUGGACGAUUAUGUCCAGGCCCCAUUGUUAGACAGUCUGAGCACCAUCCAAAGGGCACGCCGCAACCGUGCACCACCACGAAAUGCCAACGGUCAAUAUUACUGUCGACAUCCGCACUGUCAGGGCAAAGAUCAAACAUUUAAGAGGGUUUGCGAAUGGAACAAGCAUAUGGACCGACACGAACGACCUUACAAGUGCCAGGAAGUGGGCUGCGAAUUGAACCCAGGGUUCACUUACUCUGGCGGCUUGCUACGGCAUCAACGCGAAGUACACAAGAUGCACCUAUCGACGAAGCAGCCGCUUUACUGCCCUUUUCCCAAUUGCAACCGCAGCUCGGGCAUAGGCUUUACGAGGCGCGAGAACCUGGAGGAGCACAAGAGGAGGAGGCAUGUGGACGAGCAGAUUUCAGAAGAACCCGAGCAGGAUGAAGCAGCAACGCAACCAUCGCAACCACCGCCAUCGCGAGCGACAGAGCCAAUCUCAGAAGAGUCUCCGGCGAAGCGAAUGCGAAUGUUGACGCCAGCGCCACCACCAGAGGUUAAAUUUCAAGUACGUGCCAUAGCCGAAGUGGCGCAAACGCUCAGAGAACGUGGCAUGAACGAGCAGCAACUCCUCGAAGAGCAGCAGUCACGAAUACUGGAGAAGGACGACAUGAUCAAACGACAGGCAGCCGAGAUACGACGACUGCAGAACUUUAUCAGCGCACUGCCACCCUCCGCGGUGUUCAUGUCGACAUCGACUUCGCGAGCACAAAUGGCGCAGCUGCCUGCUGGUGGCGGCGGCGGCAGCAGCGGGUGAUAUUGGAUAGAUUGGUCUCUUUUGUUCUUCUGCAAUCGGAGAGGGGACAGCAUCGGAUGAUGCCCCCUGUGUACACUUAUUACGGUCGCUUCUCUUUUGUUCGGGAAUCAAAUAUACCCCACUAUCAUGUACUAUGAAUCAUGUCGCUAUGAGU